AACUCCAACCCCUCAUCUAAUACUCCGUGGAAUCCCGAGACCACGAACUCCCGAAUCAAGAUGCCAUACCUCCCCACCCCCCAAGCCUACCUGGAGCAAUCCGCCCUGCUUCUGCAAGCAUAUCCUGAUGCAGUACGACACGACACCCAAAUCCCUCCCCUCUCUAUCUUCCCCCGCAGCUCACCAAGCUCAAGCCUACCUCAAUCCUAUCCCCUCCCCUUCCCUCCCCGACUUAACCCCAAACCUCUCAUCAACCCCAACAACUAAUGAUAAUCAACCCCCCAGAAAAUAACAACAAAAUACACCUUCUCCCACGCCACCCGCUCCUCCACCAAGACCAAGACCAAGACCACCUCCAGCACCUCCAGCCCCUCCGCCUCCACAACCGCACAACCCGCCAAAGAAACCCAGCAAUCACCAACUCCCCAAUCGCAAGAAAAACCCCGCAUAGCCACCCUGACCCUCAAGACCUUCCACCCCGGCUCCGGCAUCUGUCUGAAAUACCGGACCAACAAG